AUGCUUUCACCGACGUCCCCCGCCGGAAAAUGGCUGGGUUUUGUAACCGCAGUCUGGGUUCAAGCUAUCUCCGGCAAUAAUUACACUUUCUCUAAUUACUCAGACGCCCUCAAGUCCCUCAUGGCACUCACUCAACUCCAGCUCAAUAACCUCUCCGUCGCCAAAGACGUCGGAAAAGCUUUUGGACUACUCGCCGGAAUCGCCUCCGACCGUCUCCCAAGCCCCGUCAUUCUCCUCAUCGGCUCAAUUGAAGGCUUUAUUGGUUACGGCGUUCAGUGGCUUGUCGUUAGCCGCCGCAUCCAACCCCUCCCUUACUGGGCUAUGUGUAUUUUCAUGUGUAUGGGAGGAAACAGCACGACAUGGAUGAAUACAGCAAUUCUGGUCACAUGUAUUAGAAAUUUCAGGAAAAACAGAGGUCCAGUUUCCGGGAUUUUGAAAGGUUAUGUCGGUUUAAGCACGGCAAUUUUCACCGACAUCUGCUCGGCUUUGUUCGCCGAUGAUCCGGCUAAGUUUCUAGUCAUGCUUGCAGUAAUACCCUUUGUGGUUUGCCUCACUGCCAUUGUUUUCCUCCGUGAAAUCCCACCGUCGUCCACCGCCACCGAAGAAAAUGAUGAUACUAAAUAUUUCGGCGUAAUUAACGUUCUUGCUGUUGUUAUAGCACUCUAUCUGUUGGCAUUUGAUGUUACAGGGGCUCAUGGCCGCCUCUUUUCCCAAGUGUUUGCUGCAGUGCUUUUAGUUCUAUUAGCUUCCCCUAUAUCAAUUCCAAUUUACCUCGCGUUAAAGAAUUUAAUCAGGCCCUGUUCUGACUCUAAAACCAUGGACAUUGAACGCAAUGUAACCGAGCCAUUACUGGCCGAAGAAGUGAAAGAACCUGUGGUGGAAGCGGAGGUGGAGAAAAAUGUGGAAGUAAUGGAGUUUGUCAAAAAGAGGAGGCCGGUUCUUGGAGAAGAACACACCAUAAUCGAGGCCUUGAAAACAUUGGAUUUUUGGAUUUUGUUCGUGUCGUUUCUUUGUGGAGUUGGGACGGGCCUGACAGUGAUGAAUAACAUGGGACAAAUGGGGUUGGCACUUGGCUAUACAGAUGUUUCCAUGUUCGUGUCGCUUACUAGCAUUUGGGGAUUCUUUGGGCGCAUUCUAUCAGGAUGGGUUUCUGAGUACUUCAUUAAGAGGGCAGGAAUGCCAAGGCCAAUAUGGAAUGCAGCUUCACAGAUUCUAAUGGCAGUGGGAUAUACCAUAAUGGCUAUUGCUAUGCCAGGCUCACUAUAUGUUGGUUCCAUAGUGGUUGGGAUAUGUUAUGGAGUUCGCAUUGCUGUCUCAGUUCCUACUGCCUCCGAACUAUUUGGACUCAAAUAUUACGGUCUCAUUUACAAUAUUCUAAUCCUUAAUCUCCCACUUGGAUCGUUCCUCUUCUCUGGAUUGCUAGCUGGCUUCUUAUAUGAUUCUGAAGCUACACGCACAGCUGGAGGUGGGAACACAUGUUUAGGUGCCCACUGCUACCGGCUAGUGUUUGUGGUUAUGGCAAUUGCGUGCAUUAUUGGGUUCGGUCUCGACGUUUUGCUCUCUAUCAGAACGAAAAGCGUUUAUUCCAAGAUCCAUGCAAGCAGAAGAUCAAAGAAGACAUCUUCAGUGUCCAAUGGCCAAUGA